AUGUCGAUACGGCCGAAUCUCAUGCGCGGAAAUGUUACGGCGACCUCUCAGUACAUAACGGAGCCAAUCUACCACUCCUCGGUCCCCGCCAACAUCCGCGCUCACCUCCGCAGCGGCACGCGCUCAACCUCGCCGGCGAGGCAAGCGAAUGCACCCUGCACCAGCACCGGCACCCUCGUCGCAAUCAGGCGCAUCGCCAACCUCGCGCACCCAGCGUGCGGGCAGCACGGGCUCUUCGCAGCCAAGAAGCUCGCGCCGCGCACGCACCUGCUCGACUACCUCGGUGAGGUGCACUGCGACGCGCGCCCGCACUCGGACUACGACCUCGCGCUACUGCGGGCGGGCGGCGCGGCCGUCGGCAUCGACGCCGCGCACGCGGGGAAUGCGGCACGGUUCGUCAACGACUACCGCGGGGUGUGCGCGCGCCCGAACGCGCUGUUCGAGGAGCGCUGGACCGAGCAGGGCGAGCUCAGGAUGGCGGUGUGGGUCGGCAGCGAGCCCGUGAGGAAGGGGGAGGAGAUUUUGGUGUCGUAUGGGAAGAUGUGGUGGCGGGCGCGCACAGCAGAGGCCUCCGAAUCGGAGGGCACGGCGCCUUGGGACAAUGCUCUCUCACAGCAAUCUGGGUCGUAG